AUGGACAGUCAUUAUUUACAUUACAUUUGUUGUCCACAUCUUUGCUGUUUUCCUUUUCUUUCCUUUGCAUACAUUACAUUUGCUGCCCUUAACUUUACUGCUUUCUUUUUCUUUCCUUUGUGUACAUUACGUUUACUGUCCUCGUCUUUGCUGCUUUACUUUUCCUUCCUUUGUGUACACUUGUUGUCACCAUUAUACUGUUUUCCUUUCCCUUCCUUUGCGUACAUUACAUUUGAUGUCCUCAUCUUUGCUGCUUUCCUUUUCUUUCCAUACAUUACAUUUGUUGUCCUCAUCUUUGCUGCUUUCCUUUUCUUUCCAUACAUUACAUUUGUUGUCCUCAUCUUUGCUGCUUUCCUUUUCUUUCCAUUACAUUUGUUGUCCCCACAUUUUGUUUGUCCUCAUCUUUGCUUUCCUUUUUUUUUUUUUGUUGUCCUUUUUGCCAUACAUUACAUUUGCUGUCCUCAUCUUUGCUGCUUUCCUUUUCUUUCCAUACAUUACAUUUGUUGUCCUCAUCUUUGCUGCUUUCCUUUUCUUUCCAUACAUUACAUUUGUUGUCCUCAUCUUUGCUGCUUUUGUUGUCCCUUUUUUCUUUUUUUCCAUACAUUACAUUUGUUGUCCUCAUCUUUGCUGCUUUCCUUUUCUUUCCAUACAUUACAUUUGUUGUCCUCAUCUUUGCUGCUUUCCUUUUUUUCCAUACAUUACAUUUGUUGUCCUCAUCUUUGCUGCUUUCCUUUUCUUUCCAUACAUUACAUUUGUUGUCCUCAUCUUUGCUGCUUCCUUUUUUCUUUUUUGUUUCCCUAUCUUUGCUGCUUGCUGUCCUCAUCUUUGCUGUCCUUCUUUUUCUUUCCAUACAUUACAUUUGCUGUCCUCAUCUUUGCUGCUUUCCUUUUCUUUCCAUACAUUACAUUUGCUGUCCUCUUUGCUGCUUUCCUUUUCUUUCCAUACAUUACAUUUGCUGUCCUUUUUGCUCUUUUUUCUUUCCAUACAUUACCUCAUUUUGCUGUCCUCAUCUUUUUGCUGCCUUCCUUUUUUUUCCAUCACAUUGUCAUUUUCCAUGUCCUCCAUAUCUUUGCUUUUCCUUUUCUUUCCAUACAUUACAUUUUUGCUUUUCCUUUUCUUUCCAUACAUUACAUUUGUUGUCCUCAUCUUUGCUGCUUUCCUUUUCUUUCCAUACAUUACAUUUGUUGUCCUUUUUCAUCUUUACAUUUGUUGUCCUCAUCUUUCCUUUUUUUCAUUUCCAUUUGUUGUCCAUUUGCUUCUCCUUUUACAUCUUUGUUGUCCUCAUCUUUGCUUUCCUUUUCUUUCCUUUACAUUACAUUUGUUGCCCUCAUUUUGCUGUUUUCCUUUUUUUUCCAUACAUUACAUUUGUUGACCUUAUCUUUGCUGCUUUCCUUUUUUUCUACAUUACAUUUGUUGUCCUUUUUGCUGCUUUCCUUUUCUUUCCAUACAUUACAUUUGUUGUCCUCAUCUUUGCUGCUUUACUUUUCUUUCCAUUCCUUUAUUGUGUUUCCUUUUUUUUCACCUUUGUUGUCCCUAUCUUUGCUGCUUUCCUUUUCCCAUACAUUACAUUUGUUGUCCCUCAUCUUUGCUGCUUUCCUUUUUUCCAUUCCUUUGCGUUUCCUUUUCUUUCCAUACAUUACAUUUGUUGUCCUCAUCUUUGCUGCUUUCCUUUUCUUUCCAUACAUUACAUUUGUUGUCCUCAUCUUUGCUGCUUUCCUUUUCUUUCCAUACAUUACAUUUGCUGUCCUCAUCUUUGCUGCUUUCCUUUUCUUUCCAUACAUUACAUUUGUUGUCCACAUCUUUGCUGCUUUCCUUUACUUUCCUUUGUGUACAUUUGUUGUCCUCAUCUUUACUGUUUUCCUUUUCCUUCCUUUGCUUAUAUUACAUUGCUGUCCUCAUCCUAAUGCUUUGGCCAUUGAAAAUUUAUAA